GUACAAUAAACAUGAAGAGAAGAAGCUAGCGAGAACUGAAGCUUAAACAAGCUUCCUCCAAUCUUUUUGGCCAUGUUCUUGAGCUAACAAAAGCUCAAACAUUUUCAGCAACAUUGAUUGAUUUGUGUAUCCAUGGCUACCACUCUUGUCCAACCACUAUUCCCAACUUCCCUUGCGGCUCCAAGCCAGAUAAGAAGAACCCACAGAGUAAUCUCAGCCACACAUCAUAUGAUCAGAAAAAGAAGAUAUGGUCAUGAUUGCCCAUUUGGGUCAUUGCCCAUUUACGUAGCCAGAGUUGCCGAGCAAAACCCAGGCUUAGUUGAAGAAGAGACACUUACUGAUAUCAAAACUCAGCUUUAUCAGGCUCUCAAAGGUAUUAAUAGAGGGAUUUUUGGAGCCCCCUCUAAGAAGAAGUCUGAGAUUGAAGAGCUGGUGAAGCAACUAGAAUCUUUAAACCCAACUCCAGAUCCUACUCUAAAUCUUGAAAAGGUGGUUGGAUGCUGGAAGCUUGUGUAUAGUACAAUUACAAUAUUGGGUUCAAAGAGAACAAAGCUGGGUUUGAGAGAUUUUAUCUCAUUGGGGGAUUUCUUCCAGACAAUUGAUGUUUCUAAGAGCAAAGCAGUUAAUGUAAUCAAGUUUAAUGUGAGAGGAUUCAAAUUUUUAGAUGGAAAGUUGACUAUUGAGGCCUCCUUCAAGAUUGCAUCAAGAUCAAGAGUCAACAUCAACUAUGAUAGCUCAACAAUAACUCCAGACCAGUUGAUGAACGUCUUCCGAAAAAAUUAUGAUCUUCUGCUUGGCAUCUUCAAUCCAGAAGGUUGGCUAGAAAUCACCUAUGUUGAUGAUACCAUGAGGAUAGGGAGGGAUGACAAAGGCAACAUCUUCAUAUUAGAAAGAUCAAAGGAACAUUUAACAAUUAAGCCUUAAGAGUUGAAAAGAUUUAACUCUGGAGGGUUUGAUUUAUUACUUUGAUUAUUAGCAUUUUAGGAUGCUAAAAUUUUCUUUCAUUAAUUAUUUCUCCCUUGUCUGUAAUUAUUAUAGCUAACACAGAAAAAUGUAUAGCUGCAUGUUCUGCAGCCAAUUUUUCAAGAGAAACAAUCUAGGUGGAAUCUGC